AUGCAGGAGCUGCAUCUGGCCACGCCAGGAGCAGAAGUAGCAGUAGAAAGAGCAGCAGCAGUAAGAGCAGCAGUAACAGCAAGCUCCUCGGCACCUGCAGUGGCGGCUGCUCCAGGGGCGGCUGCUGCACUGGCGGUUGCUCCAGGGGCGGCUGUUGCAGUGGCGGCUGCUCCAGGGGCGGCUGCUGCAGUGGCGGCUGCUCCAGGGGCGACUGCUGCAGUGGCGGCUUCUCCAGGGGCGGCUGCUGCAGUGGCGGCUGCUCCACGGGCGGCUGCUGCAGUGGCGGCUGCUCCAGGGGCGGCUGCUGCAGUGGCGGCUUCUCCAGGGGCGGCUGCUGCAGUGGCGGCUGCUCCACGGGCGGCUGCUGCAGUGGCGGCUGCUCCAGGGGCGGCUGCUGCAGUGGCGGCUGCUCCAGGGGCGGUUGCUGCAGUGGCGGCUGCUCCAGGGGCGGCUGCUGCAGUGGCGGCUGCUCCAGGGGCGGCUGCUGCAGUAGCGGCUGCAGUGGCGGCUGCUCCAGGGGCGGCUGCUGCUGCUGGGCGGCUCGGCUGCCCGCUAGGGGCGGCGACGGGGCCGGGUAGGGGCGGCGACGGGGCCGCUAGGGGCGGCGACGGGGCCGCGUAG